UCGUGACAGUCAGCAGCAGCGCGCUGUAAACAUGGCGGCGUGCAGCACAGCUACUGGGCUGUGCCCCGAACCCCCACGCUAUUAGGCGGCGACCGCGGCGACUAUGGAGACCGAAGAGGAGCAGCACAUCACCACGCUCCUCUGCAUGGGCUUCCCGGACCCGAACGUGAUAAGGAAGGCGCUCCGCUUGGCGAAGAACGACAUCAACGAGGCGGUCGCGCUCCUCACCAACGAAAGUCCCGGGCUGGGCUAUGGAUACGAGCCCAUGGAGAGCGGGCCUGCCCCCGCCUUGAGUACGAGCGGCGACGGGGAAACGAGCGGGAGGACCGGCACGGGAGGCUUCGACCCUCCGCCCGCGUACCACGACGUCGUUGAAGGCGAGAGGAGCAACGAUGAGAACGGCAACUGCUCCGGGGGCAGCAUGGAGUUCCCCACCACCAACCUGUACGAGCUGGAGAGCCGAGUGUUCACCGACCACUGGUCCAUCCCCUACAAGAGGGAGGAGUCACUGGGAAAAUGCCUCAUCGCCUCCACUUGCCUCGCCCGCCACGGCCUUGCAGACGCAGACGAGAACUGCAAGAGGUUUGUGGACCGCUGCAUGCCAGAGGCCUUUAAAAAGUUGCUGACCAGCAGCGCCGUGCACAAAUGGAGCACGGAGAUCCACGAGGGCAUCUACAACAUGCUCAUGUUGCUGGUCGAGCUGGUGGCAGAGCGGGUCAAGCAGGACCCUGUUCCCGUCAACCUCAUGGGGGUCUUGACAAUGGCCUUCAACCCUGACAACGAGUACCAUUUUAAGAACCGAAUGAAGGCCUGUCAGAGGAACUGGGCUGAGGUUUUUGGCGACGAAGCCAACGUGUUUGCCGUUUCUCCAAGUAACACCUAUCAGAAAGAGCCGCACGGAUGGCUGGUGGAUUUAGUGAAUCAAUUUGGCGAGUUGGGAGGAUUCACCGCCAUCCAGACGAAGCUCAACGUCGAGGAGAUCGAAAUAGCUUGUAUUUCCGCUCUGGUCCAGCCUCUGGGUGUUUGUGCCGAAUACCUCAACUCUAGCCUUGUCCAGCCUAUGCUUGAUCCAGUUAUCCAUAAGAUGAUCACAUAUGUACAGAACCUGGAGGAAAAGGACCUUAAAGACAAGCGGCUGGUGAGCAUUCCAGACCUCCUGUCGGCCAUCAAGCUGCUGUGCAUGAAGUUCCAGAGGGACAUGGUCGCGGUGGUGGACGACCUGCGGCUGGACACGCUGCUGCGCAUGCUUAAAACCCCCCAUUUCUCCACCAAGAUGAACUCCCUCAAAGAGGUGACAAAGUUGAUAGAGGAGAGCACGGUGGCAAAGACUGUAAAAAACGCUAUAGACACAGAUAAACUGCUUGAUUGGCUUGUGGAGAACUCUGUCCUGUCAAUAGCACUGGAGGGUAACAUUGACCAGGCUCAGUACUGUGAGAGAAUUAAGGGCAUCAUUGAGCUGCUGGGAAGUAAACUCUCCCUGGACGAACUCUCCAAAAUCUGGAGGAUACAGGCAGGCCAGUCGUCAACCGUGAUCGAAAACAUCCACACCAUCAUCGCCGCAGCCGCCGUCAAGUUCAGUUUCGAUCAGCUCACCCACCUGUUUGUGCUCAUUCAGAAGAGCUGGGAGGUGGAGAGUGACCGCGUCAGGCAGAAGCUGCUCAGUCUCAUCGGGAGGAUCGGCAGGGAGGCUCGCUCCGAGGCCACCACGGGCAAGGUCCUGGAGGUUCUGUGGGAGCUGGCGCACCUCCCCUCCCUGCCCACCAGUCUAGUUCAGCAGGCCCUGGAGGAGCACCUGGGGAUCCUGAGCGACGCCUACGCCGUCAAGGAGACUGUGAAGCGCAACUACAUCAUUAAAUGUAUCGAGGACAUCAAGAAGACUCAGGAGGACGCAAAAGGCAGCGACACUCAAAGUUCAUUUCUCACUGGCUCUUGGGGAAAGAGGAAAUCUAUGUCUGUGGCCAAAGCUUCCCAGCAGAGCAGUCCCCAGGCGGUGUGGGUGGUACCCGCUCUCCGUCAGCUGCACGAGAUCACCCGCUCCUUCAUCAAGCAGACCUACCAGAAGCAAGACAAGAGCAUUAUCCAGGACCUGAAGAAGAACUUUGAGAUUGUCAAGCUCAUCACGGGAUCCCUUGUGUGCUGCCAUCGACUGGCAGUGACUGCAGCGGGAAGCUGUUGUCUGUCAGGCUCCACCAUGGUGGACGGGCGAUACACCUACCAGGAGUAUCUGGACAGCCACCUGCGCUUCCUGGCCUUCUUCCUCCAGGAGGCCAACCUCUACCUGGUCUGGAACAGGGCUAAGGAGCUAUGGGAGUGCCUGGUCUCUGGCCCGGAUGUUUGUGAACUGGACCGUGAGAUGUGUUUCGAGUGGUUCACCAAAGGCCAGCAUGACCUGGAGAGUGACGUCCAGCAGCAGCUCUUCAAGGAGAAGAUCCUGAAACUGGAGCCUUAUGAAAUCACUAUGAACGGUUUCAACCUGUUCAAGACCUUCUUUGAGAACGUCAAUCUGUGCGAUCAUCGACUGAAACGCCAAGGAACUCAGCUGUGUGUGGAGCGCCUUGACCUGGCGGGGAUGGAUUUUAUCUGGCGCAUCGCCAUGGAAACCCCUGAUGAAGAGAUCGCCAAUGAAGCAAUCCUGCUCAUUAUCACGUAUAGCUACACAAACCUCAAUCCCAAGAUGAAGAAGGAUUCGGUGUCUUUGCACAAAAAGUUCAUUGCUGAUUGCUACAAGAGACUAGAGGCAGCCAGCUCGGCCCUGGGUGGCCCUACUCUGACGCACGCCGUUACUAGAGCCACCAAGAUGCUGACGGCCACCGCCAUGCCGACGGUGGCCACAUCUGUACAAUCGCCAUCCAGAUCCACUAAGCUGGUUAUAAUAGAGCGACUGCUGCUGUUAGCCGAGCGCUACGUCAUUACUAUAGAGGAUCUAUACUCAGUUCCUCGCACAAUUCUACCUCACGGGGCUUCGUUCAACGGACACCCCGUCACUCUUCACAUAACCUACGAGUCAACCAAAGACACGUUCACCUUAGAGACCCACAGUAAUGAGACGAUAGGAAGUAUCCGGUGGAAGAUAUCCGAGCACUUGAGCUGUCCGGUGGAUAAUGUCCAGAUCUUUGCCAAUGAUAGCGUGUUGACCAUGAAUCGGGACCAGAAACUGCUGUCCCAGCUGGGCUUUAGCGACGAGCAGAGCCUGACGGUGAAGAGCUCCGGCACGGGCACGCCCUCGGGCAGCUCCGAGUCGUCGGCCUCCGCCUCCAGCAGUUCCAGCUCGGCCGUCUUCAACUCUGCCUACGCCCUGGAGCAGGAGAAGUCUCUUCCCGGUGUGGUCAUGGCGUUGGUGUGCAACGUGUUUGAGAUGCUAUACCAGCUGGCCAACUUGGAUGAAUCCAGGAUCACGCUGCGUGUGAGGAAGCUGCUCCUCCUCAUCCCAACAGACCCGGAGGUGCAGGACGCUCUAGACAACUUUGUUCCCAAAGAAUCCAGCGUGUGGAGCCAUCAGAAGACGCUGUUUACCCUCGGCGCGGGGACCGGCUCUCGCUCUCCAUCCAUGGCCUCCAAGCAGCAGCACCAGCAGCCCAGUGCUGCCUCCAUCCUGGAGUCCUUGUUCAGAUCCUCCGCCCCGGGCAUGUCUACUUUUAGAGUGCUCUACAACCUAGAGGUGUUGAGUUCCAAACUGAUGCCCACGUCUGAUGACGAGAUGGCUAAAACCAGCAGCAAGUCCUUCUGCGAGAACUUCCUCAAAGCAGGAGGCCUCAGUCUGGUGGUGAAUGUGAUGCAAAGAGACUCCAUCCCAUCAGAGGUGGACUACGAGACCCGACAAGGAGUCUACUCCAUCUGCCUUCAGUUGGCCAGGUUCCUUCUGGUUGGCCAGAGCAUGCCCGCAUCGCUGGACGAUGACAUCAUCCGUGAUGGCGACGCGCUAUCGUCCCGCCCGUUCCGCAACGCGGGCCGCAGCGGGCGCCAGCUCUCGCUCUGUGCGACUCCGGAAAAGUCCUCCUACAGGCAGAUGUCUCUGUCGGAGCGCUCGUCCAUCAGGGUGGAGGAGAUCAUACCUGCUGCUCGCGUGGCUAUUCAGACUAUGGAGGUCGGCGACUUCACAUCCACCGUGGCCUGUUUCAUGCGACUGACAUGGGCGGCGGCUGCAGGGCGACUGGAUCUGGUUGGUAGCCCUCAGCCAAUCAGAGAGACCCACGGUGCACUUCUACCUCAGGGAGUUCGCACUUGCAGCACAGGAAGUAACUGCAGCUCCAGCAGCGAGGGAGAGAGCACGCCGACGGCACUGCAUGCUGGGAUAUGCGUGCGACAGCAGAGCGUCUCCAUAAAAGAUGCCAUCAUCGCCCGGGAGGCUCUGUCACUCCUGGUCACCUGUCUGCAGUUACGCUGUCAGCAGCUAUCCUCUUUUUACAACCUGCCCUCAGUCAACGACUUCAUCAUUGAUGUACUGCUGGGGUCUCCCAGUGGAGAGAUUCGCCGCGUAGCUUGCGACCAACUUUACACUCUGAGCCAGUCGGACACGUCAGCCUUCCCCGACGUGCAGAAGCCCAACUUGUUCCUGCUCUCGGUCAUCCUCACCGCUCAGCUGCCAUUGUGGAGUCCUACCUCUGUCAUGAGAGGGGUCAACCAGAGAUUGCUGUCACAAUGUACGGAGUACUUUGACCUACGAUGUCAGCUACUGGAUGAUCUAACAACGUCGGAGAUGGAGGUGUCGCAAGUCAGCAGCGCCUCCAUGCUGGAGGACGAAAUCUCUUGGCUGGACAACUUUGAGCCCAGCUGGAGCUCGGCGAUGGAGACCAGCGAGGCGGACAACAUCCUCCUGGCCGGACACCUGCGGCUCAUCAAGACCUUGCUCUCACUGUGCGGAACUGAGAAGGAGCUACUCGGUCCUUCACUGAUCCAGCAGUUGUUGGAUGACUUCUUGUUCCGAGCCUCACGCAUCAUCAUCAACAGUUCCAACUCCACCGCCUCCCCAGCCCCUAGCCACGACUUCCACCCCAAGUGCAGCACCGCCAGCAGCCGCCUGGCGGCCUACGAGGUUCUGGUAAUGUUGGCCGACAGCUCCCUCUCCAACCUGCGCCUGAUCACCAGAGAGCUGCUCUCCAUGCACCACCAAUCUGACCCUUCGCUCUGUAAAGAGUUUGAUUAUCUUCCCCCUGUAGAGAGCCGCUCAGUGUCCGGCUUUGUUGGCCUGAAAAAUGGCGGCGCCACUUGUUACAUGAAUGCUGUUUUCCAGCAGCUUUACAUGCAGCCGGGCCUAACAGAGGCUUUUCUGUCCAUCGAAGAUGACACAGACCAGCCCGAGGAGAGUGUCUUUUACCAGGUUCAAUCUUUGUUCGGUCACUUGAUGGAGAGCAAGCUGCAGUACUAUGUCCCAGAGAAUUUCUGGAAGAUCUUCAAGAUGUGGAACAAAGAGUUGUACGUACGAGAGCAGCAAGAUGCCUAUGAGUUCUUCACCAGCCUGGUGGACCAGCUCGACGAACAUCUCAAGAAAAUGGGCCGAGAGCAAAUCUUCAAGAACACAUUUCAGGGAAUCUUUUCCGACCAGAAGAUCUGUAAAGACUGUCCUCACCGGUACGAGCGGGAGGAGACGUUCAUGGCGCUGAACCUUGGCGUGACGUCCUGCCAAAGCCUGGAGAUCUCAUUGGACCAGUUUGUUCGAGGCGAGGUCCUGGAGGGCAGCAACGCCUACUACUGUGAGAAAUGCAAGGAAAAGAGGACCACGGUGAAGAGGACAUGCAUCAAAUCUCUGCCCAGCGUUCUCUGCAUCCACCUCAUGCGCUUUGGCUUCGACUGGGAAAGCGGACGCUCCAUCAAAUAUGACGAACAGAUCCGGUUCCCCUGGGUGCUAAACAUGGAGCCGUACACCGUGUCCGGUAUGGCACGUCAAGACUGCAGCGGAGACGGCGGCGAGGGGCGAGGCGACGGUUCCUCUGGAGGGUCGCCUAGGAAGAAAGUCACUAUUUCUGAGAACUACGAGCUGGUGGGCGUUGUGGUCCACAGCGGUCAGGCACACGCCGGCCACUACUACUCCUUUAUUAAAGAUAGACGCGGCAACUCACGGGGACGCUGGUACAAGUUCAACGAUAACGUGGUGGAGGAGUUUGACAUGAACGAUGAAACGCUAGAGUAUGAAUGCUUCGGGGGAGAAUACCGACCCAAAGUUUAUGACCAGUCCAACCCCUAUCCUGAUGUGAGGAGGCGGUACUGGAACGCCUACAUGUUGUUUUAUCAGAAGAUCAGCGACCAAAACUCCCCCGUCCUGCCGAAAAAGAGCAGAGUUAGCAUCAUGAGGCAGGAGGCAGAGGACCUCACACUGUCCGCCCCCUCCUCCCCUGACGUUUCGCCGCAGUCGUCUCCUCGCCCACCCAGGGCCAACAACGACCGCCUGACCUUGCUCACCCGCCUGGUCCGCAAAGGCGAGAAGAAGGGCCUGUUUGUGGAGAAGAUGCCCGCCAGUAUCUACCAGAUGGUGAGAGACGAGAAUCUCAAGUUCAUGAGGAACAGAGACGUCUACAACAGCGACUACUUCAACUUCACGCUCUCGCUGGCCUCCGUCAACGCAACAAAACUGAAGCAUCCAGACUACCAGGCCAUGGCCAAAGAAAGUCUGCAGCUUGCUGUCCAUUUCCUCUUCCACACUUUUCUGCACACCAAAAAGAAGCUGCGAGUGGACACUGAGGAGUGGAUGGCUACAGUGGAGGUGUUGCUGUCAAAGAGCAGCACAGCCUGCCAGUGGAUGGUUCAGUACCUGGUUGGACCGGAGGGACGAGAGAUAACCAGGGUGUGCCUGCUGGAGUGCGGCAUGAGGGAGGUGAGGGUGGUGGUGGCCUCCAUCUUAGAGAAGACCCUAGAGAGCGCGCUCCACUUCGCCGAUCCCGGACUGGACGGCCUGACCGACGCCCUGCUGUCCUUGCUGGACAAAGAUGUUCCCGAGAACGUGAAAAACUGCGCGCAGUACUUCAGCCUCUUUAGUAGCUUCUCUCAUAAGGGCGGCGAAGCUUGCCAGCUGUUGUUGAAACACUCAGCCUAUCGCCGGAUGCUUCUGUUCCUUUUGGGGCCCAAUCGCCAAAACAACCAGAACCGGCGAUGGAGUCCAGCCCAGGCUCGAGAGUUCCUCCACCUCCACAACUCGCUGGCGCUUAUCACGCUGCACUCAGACCUCGACUCCCACCGGACGCACGCUCCGGAGGGCUUUAACCCGCGUGUCGGCAGCAUCCCAUCCUCCACGCCACUCUUGCCCCUCCACCCGGACAUCCUGGCCUCCGUCUUCAUGCCUGAGGGACAACCCUACCUUCUGGAGGUGAUGUUCGCCAUGCGAGAGUUGUCCGGCCCCUUGACCCUGCUCAUCAGCAUGGUGACGUACUGCUCCUACUGCAACGAGCCUUUCUCCCUGGGAGUGCUGCAGCUCCUCAAGACGCAGCUGGAGACGGCGCCGCCUCACGAGUUGAAGAACGUCUUUCAGAUGCUGCAGGAGAUCCUGGUUGUGGAGGACCCACUACAGUCCCAAAGACUCAAAUACGCCUUUGAAUCAGAGAAAGGCCUACUGGCUUUGAUGCACCAGAGCAACAACGUGGACAGCAGGCGGUGCUAUCAGUGCGUCAAGUUCCUGGUCACGCUGGCCCAGAAGUGUCCUCCUGCCAAGGACUACUUCAAGGACCUGUCGGGUCACUGGAGCUGGGCGGUGCAGUGGCUCCAGAAGAAGAUGACAGAACACUACUGGACCCCUCAGAGUAACGUGUCCAAUGAGACGUCGACCAAUAAGAGCUUCCAGCGCACUAUUUCGGCACAGGACACGCUGGCCUACGCCACAGCCUUGUUGAACGAGAAGGAGCAGUCAGGCAGCAGCAACGGCUCAGACGGAAGCCCCGCCAACGAGAACGCAGACCGCAGCCUGCGACAGGGCUCUGAGUCUCCCAUGAUGCUCGGCGACUCCAAGAGCGACCUUGAGGACGUGGACCCUUAAGACUUGUCACCCGGGUGCUGAGCGAGCCCUUGGGAGAGGCGGCGGCGAGGAGGCGGAGCUCCACGCAGCCAAAACCAAAAUGUCCAAAACAAAAGGGCUGCGCUCUGAUUGGCCCGCUUUUGUCUAUUGGAAGGAGCCGAUCGGAACCCUUGACUCGGACGACAGAGGAUAGGAAAACAAAUCAACAAUUACUUCCACUUUUUGAGAGGCGCCGCGACGAAGACGAUGAAUUAAUAAAAAAAACAAAACGCUUUGGAUUCAAAAGGAGGAAGCGCCGCAACUUCCUCACUUCAUACUUCAUACUUUUUAGCCAUCAGGUGGCGAGGGGGGCGGGGCCUUUGCGUUUUUUUUUACCAUCGUUUCGUUUGUCGCACACUCUUGCCGACCGGAGGACACGUAAACAAUGUAAGAUAUCCUUUUAAUUCAGAUAGCUUCUCCACAGGAACACACACACACACACUCACACACACACACACACACACACACACACACACACACACACACACACACACACACACACACACACACACUCACACUCGAGCACUUGGGAGUUUGCACUUUACAGUCCGCUUCAGUCCUUUUUGUUCACCGUGCGCCUCGCCUUCGUUCUGCUUUUUUUUAACACGGCCACUCAUCUCUGCGUGCCACACAGACGUCCGGCUCCGCGAUUCGCUCGCCGCUUUUUAACGCUUUUUUUAUUUCCUGCUGCCGCCAUCUUGGACUGGAGUGCGUCGAGCCUUAUGCAAGAAGCGGGGAGGGUUUUAUUUGUAUGUGCCAAGGUCAAACACACACAGGAGACACUAUGAUUGCAAGAUAAUAAAUUAAACGCACACACACACACCUCUGCGCCACCGCCUGCUUUUAUUUGCCUUUUUUUUUUUUUUUGCUUGCCGUCUGACACACACACACACACACACACACACACACACACACACACACACACACACACACACACACACACACACAGGGCAGAUGUAGCCAAGGCGUUAACACAUGUAGCCCAGUUAUCGGGAGUUCCCAAGUGCCUUACUCUCCCGAUAACAACACCCUCCUCGUUGCAGUGUGUGUGUGUGUGUGUGUGUGUGUGUGUGUGUUAGCUUAGCAUGUCUCAGCUUUAACAGGUCAAUGUUUACAAACGGCGAGGACCUAGGAAGCAAUUAUGUGCUUUUUUUUGUUCUUUUUUUUUCUCCGACGACACACACAUCCCUCUAUUACGCUCUCUUGCGUAAUAGAGGGAGAUAUUUAAAAAAAAAAAAAAAAAACUAAACAAGAUGGCCCCCCUAGUGCUGUCUCCCCCCCCACCCCCCGCCGUGUCCGAGCACUUCCUGUCAUGUGUUCUCAAGUACAAAUCCACCGAGUCGUCAUCGCUUCCGUCGCCAUGUAAAAAUAGUAAAAAAAAAAAAAAGAAAAAGGAAAAAUAAUAAAAACUUGUUUUUUUUUUGUUUUGUUUUUUUAAUAUCGGGGAGGGUAUGGUAAGGAUGAGGGGGAUCCAUGUGGGUUUUACCGUCAGUCUUCUGCCAUCAAAGGUUUUUUUUUCUUUUCUGUCUCGCAUGUUAAAAAGUCCACUUUUAAUUUGUACAACAGACAGUUUGAAUAUGGGGAGAUUUGAUAUAAAAUAAACUGGAAUGCACAACU